AUGGAGUGGAUACGAGCUGGGCUCAUCACCCUUUUAGCUGGCGUGGCUAGUAUCGCUUGCCUCUGGUUUUUGGGGAGAAAUAACCAUCGAUCAAAAUCGGGUCCUCAGCCCCAAGCCGUACAGGAGCAUCCCACUGAUGAGUCGCCCCCGGAGAAGAAAGAGAAUCGGGUUAGACAGCGUCUUACGAUAUUGUACCCUGAGCAGACCGAGAACGGCAACGACGAUGCUGAGGUUGACAUUGUUGCCGUACAUGGCCUUGGGUCAGACGUUGACUGGUCCUGGACAUACAAGGACGGCGAAAGGCAGAUCAACUGGCUUCGAGACCCCAACAUGUUGCCUGCAAAGGUGCCCAAGUCGAGGAUUAUCGUGUACAGCUACGAGUCCAGAUGGCAUGCGGACGCGCCGAAGACACGGCUCCAGCUCUGCGGAGAGGAGCUCGUACAUAGUGUACACUCGUUCCGUCACAGCGUACCGAACCGUCCGCUUGUUUUCGUCGGUCAUAGUCUAGGUGGAAAUGUCAUCCUGCAAGCCCUUCUGUACGCCAACGAAGACGAUAAAUACGCGUGCUUGCCGAAGGCGACGGUUGGCCUAGUGUUUCUAGGCACUCCAUUUCGGGGGUCGAAGUGGCAGCCGUUUCUCAACGCUCUCGCGCAGCUUAUGGGACCGGCUGGCUCGCACCGCGGAAUCACCAGGGAGCUCGGUUUCGAUGAGCCUGAGCUACGGGACAAACUGCAUCGCUUCUGCAAGCUACGCAAUAAGCUGUCGACUUCCGUGUCCUGUUUCAGCGAGCUCCGCGAAACCAACUAUGGGCGGCGGUUUGGGAUUGCCGGAGUGGCGAAAGUCAUUGUCGUGGACGAGGCGUCCGCUUGCAUCCCAGGCCUCGACAGGUACGCGCUCGACAAGGAUCACUUGAAAAUAAAUAAGUUCCAAGGCCCAACCGACCCCUCGUUCGAGAGGGUCUCUGGUGUGAUUUCCGAGAUGUGCCGCGGCGCGAAGGACAUCGUUCGACGUCGGCAUGAGCGAAGGACAAUCAUUACCGAUAAUAGUGUUGCAUUGAGGCAAAAGCCUGAAGCCGGAGCUUGUCUCGGUGACCUCUUCGUGACCGAUCCGCUCGAGGAUAAGAAGGUUUUGAAGCGAAAGAAAGGUGACCGCGCUCAUGGCACCUGUGAGUGGAUACUCGGCACAGAAGAUCUCACUGCUUGGCUACGGUCCAGCCAUACCAAGUUCUCGGAGAGCCAGACGACCCAUGUUCUGUGGCUCCAUGGGAACCCCGGAACAGGGAAAUCCACGUUGGCCAUAUUCCUCACUGACGCACUGUCGACGGAUUUUUCUGCCACGGAUGCGAACACACUGGCAUAUUUUUUCUGUGACUCAGCCUUUGAUACGCGGAAGACGGCCACCUCAAUCAUCAGAGGUCUUCUCCUCCAACUCGUCCAGCAGCACCCGCAGCUUCUCAACUACGUCUUGCCAAAGUACAACGAGCGAAAGACGAAGCUGUUCGACUCGUUCGAUGCUCUCUGGACAAUAUUCAUGGCCGCAGCGGCGGACCAGGACACCGGCAAAAAAUACUGCAUUAUUGAUGCAUUGGACGAAUGCGAUCUAGAGUCGCAAAAGACGCUGCUCCAACAGUUACGAGAAACAUUUCAGCGCCCUGAUGCCCCACCAAAUGUCCGGAUAUUGGUCACCAGUCGGCCGUAUCCCGAGAUCCGUGAAUACUUAGACGUAUUCGCGAACAAGGACUUGGCCGCUUUUCCCGAGGCAAAGCAGGACAUUGGCAUAUGUAUUGAGGAAAGGGUGACAGAGCUAGGCAAGAGGAAAAAAUACACAGACAAGGUGAAGAGACAAGUCAGCGACAUCCUUAGAGACAAAGCAGAGGGGACAUUCCUCUGGGUGGGCAUAGCCUGCAAUGAGCUCGAAGAUGUCCCUUCGAAAAACGCUGUCGCCCACUUAGAGAGGAUUCCCAGAGGCCUUCAUUCGAUUUACGAGAGGCUGCUUGACACAGCACUUGAACGAGAGGGGGCCAAGGACGUGAUCCGACUCAUCCUGGGCUUCGUCGCUGUGUCUUUGCGACCCUUAAGCCUGUUGGAGCUGUCUGAAGCUUGCCAACUACAUCCGGACGAAGAGGACACAGAGACCCGGAUCCAGUUCAUGCGCGAAUGCAUCGAGUCCUGCCACCUGAUAGUAGUCAUUCAGGACGAAAAAGUUCUCCUGCUGCACCAGUCUGUGAAGGACUAUUUAAUUACGGCCAGUGAAAAGGCUUGUUUCAGCGAAUUUGAGGCUCAUGCCCAGCUCGCAUAUCGCUGUGUCGAUCACCUCAUCGGGCAGUUCCAUAAUAGGAAGCAAGGACAUAGCCACUUGUCAAAGUAUGCAGCUCUCAAGUGGCCCAAUCAUGCUCGCAUGGCCCAGUCGAGAUUCGAGGUCAGGGCUUCGGAAGCAGAAUUCUUCGAAAUUGAUUCUCCGUGCCGGGAGCACUGGCUGACGUCCUUUCCUCUCGGCACACUUAUGAGGCGUCCAGGGCAAUUCUCCAUUUUGCAUGUAGCUGCAGCGUGGGGCAUUCCCUCUAUAGCGGAGUAUGCCUCUCGCUCGUAUGAUCAGCCUCAUAAAUUAAUCCGAGUUGCCGAUGCCUCGGGCGCAACGCCACUCGAGUCAGCUGCCUUGUCGGGAUAUCCAAGUCUUGUGCGUCUCUUGCUGGACAUGGGGGCCGAGGUAACCGCAAGAGUGACGGAGGCCGCGGUGCGAAGCUAUCAGAAUAGCAGGGGAGUCAUAACGCUGCUUUUGGACCAACGAGGAGGCGAGGUUAUCAUUACAGAGGAGGUAGUGAAGGCUGCUGCAGAGAGAGGCGAGGAAGUGAUGGCGCUACUUCUCGAGCGGCGAGGAGACGAGAUCACUAUAACGGACGAGGUGGUGAAGGCAGCGGCAGGAAAUUGGUUUAAUGGCGAGGAAAUGAUGGCGCUACUGCUCCAGCGGCGAGGAGAUGAGAUCACCAUCACGGACGAGGUGGUGAAGGCGGUGGCAGGAAAUCAUAAUGGCAAGGAAGUGAUGGCGCUACUUCUGGACCGGCGAGGAGACGAGGUCAAUGUCACGGACGAGGUGGUGAAGGCGGCAGCAAGCAAUGAAGAAAAUGGCAAGGAAGUGAUGGAGCUACUUCUCGACCGGCGAGGAGAUGAGAUCACCGUCACAGAGGAGGUGGGCAUGAUCACCAUCACAGAGGAGGUGGUGAAGGCAGCGGCAGCAUACAAUGGCAAAGAACUGAUGACACUGCUUCUCGAGCGGCGAGGAGAUGAGGUGACCAUCACAGAGGAGGUGGUGAAGGCGGCGGCAGGAAAUAGACGGAAUGGCAAGGAAGUGAUGGCACUACUUCUCGACCCGCGAGGAGACGAGGUCACUAUCACGGACGAGGUAGUCUGUAUCAUUGCCAAGAGUUUUGAUGAGAAAGUGAUGUCGCUCCUUCUAGACCGGCGAGGAGACGAUAUCAUCAUUACGAAUGAGGUGGUGAAGGCAGCGGCAGGAAAUUAUUAUGGUAAGGAUGUGAUGGGGCUGCUUCUCGAGCGGCGUGGAGACAAGAUUACCAUCACAAAUGACGUGGUGAAGGUAGCGGCAGGAAAUUUUUAUGGCGAGGAAGUAAUGGCGCUUCUCCUCGACCGGCGUGGAGACGAGAUCACCAUUACAGAUGAGGUAUCGAAGGCGGCAGCAAGCAAUGAAGACAAUGGCAAGGAAGUGAUGGCGCUUCUCCUCGACAGGUGUGGAGGCGAGAUUACCAUCACACAUGAGGUGCAGCUGGCUGCGGCAACAUGUGGUCAAGAAGGAGUUUUGAUGCUCUUGUCUCAGAAAGGCUUCAGCUCCGUUCGGGACGAAUGGCGCUGUAUUGCACAAUUUUACAACGCUGCUAAGGCGGGUGAUGUUUCUCGUGUCGAACAGCUCCUUCAUUCAGGAACCAAACCAGAUACGAGAAAUAUCAGAGGGAAACACCUCUAUGGAUUGCGGCUUCAGAGGGACGGGAAGCAGUCGUUGAAGUUCUGGCGUGAAGGACAGACGUCAACGUCAACUCGAGGUCGACUGACGGGAAAUCGCCCAUAUUCUGGCCGUCUUGCUUGGGAGAAGAGGGAAUUGUCGCCAUUCUGA